AGAAAUGGCGGUUGGUGUGAGCUAGCUAGCUAGUUAGCAUGUAGGACACGCCUAUACUCUGUGAAGGGAGUGUUAACGGGCCGCCGGUGCCGAACGAUGAAAGUCCAGUAGACAGCUCGAGUGACUCGGGUAUAUUUAGAAAGGAACGUGAUUUGAGCUCCAUGCCCCUAUAGAGCAAAAGCCCCCAGUUAGCAUCGAGCUAAUGCCUCAGACUCUCUAGGUUUAGCACGAGCGCAAUGAAUCAACACUCGGCUAGCUAACGUUAGCUUCACAGCGUGCUCGUGUCCCAGCUCAAUAGAGCUAGCUUAUCUGAGAUGUUUAUUCUAUCAGCUUCCGGUUAGAAACAAAACUUUAACGUAUUCAUUCAACUCUUACAGCUGAGUACAGCUUUAUUUUGCUAACGCUAACAUUUGGGUCCAUAUUUGAACCAGCUAAGGUUAGCAUGCUAGCUCUGCUGUACAGCAUGGAAAAGCGAGCAGAUUUUAGCGUUCAAAACAUUUACUACGUGUCUGACUCUGUAAGUUACUUUCAGUCGUCUUUAAGAAUCACAAAAAUCACGGUGAAAAUAUAAAAGUGGCCAUGUGGCACUUCGACCCCGUCUACACACACGGCCUUGUAAUUCUGGAGAAGGGCGUGAAUUACUUUAAUGUGAUGAAACGGUCAUAACCGCCCAUAAAGCCUGAAUAAGUCAACGCCACACUUCAGUGCCUGUAGCUGGGUGAAUCAGGAUGGGAGACAAGCCGAUCUGGGAACAAAUAGGAUCCAGCUUUGUUCAGCAUUACUAUCAGCUGUUUGACACAGACAGAACUCAGCUUGGAUCAAUAUAUAUUGAUGCAUCAUGCCUUACGUGGGAAGGGCAACAAUUUCAGGGAAAAGCAGCGAUCGUCGAGAAACUCUCUAGCCUGCCCUUCACAAAAAUAGCCCACAGCAUAACAGCACAAGAUCACCAGCCCACUCCUGACAGCUGCAUAAUGAGUAUGGUAGUAGGACAACUAAAAGCAGAUGAUGAUCCCAUCAUGGGGUUCCAUCAGAGUUUCAUCCUGAAGAACAUUAAUGAUGCGUGGGUGUGCACCAACGACAUGUUCCGCUUAGCAAUCCACAACUUUGGCUAAACAGCACCACAACUGUUGGGGAAAUGGGGGAAGGUGGAGAACAGGGCACAUUGCCUCCAGUGAUGCCUGAACCUCAGGCUGCCCUUCAUUCAUGUUUGAGAUUCAGCACCGGAUUCCAAGAAGUCAAGUCACAGAUAACACCCAGGCACAUAGUAGCGCCUCUGCUCCAGACAGGAGAAGCGUUUCUUUGCUGAAAGCCCACAUAUCCAUCAAAGCGACCCCUUUCCCCUUUGCUGACGUGCAUGAUGAUGGCGAGCUCGAAUAUCAGAAGACACUGACUUGGGGGAAAAAAGACAUAUUAACAUAACUUCUGCCAGUUACUACUAUUUACAUUUUAGUUUUUGAGUUUGACUACGAAUUAACUGUCUUAACUGCCUUUCUUUGCUUUCGUACUAUGUGUUCUCUGCUUGCUUUUAGAGUUUGCUUCUUGGCAUUUUUUUUCUUCUUUCUUUUUCUCUUUUGAACAUUGGAGCCUCCCUUCAUUGUGAUGUCAGGUUGCUCUAGCUAUCCAAAGAAACGUUAUACACCCCCCAAAUCCCCCCCACACCUUCAAACCAGUGUGCUUCUCACCUUCUGCUCUGUGACAAUAAUUACCAAGCCACAAGACACAAUAAAACCUUUUGACUUUUUCUUAA